AUGCUACGUUCUCUAGCAGGGCUUUCCUCCUUGCCUUGGGUCAUCAUGGGCGAUUUUAGCGAUCUUCUACAUCAUUAUGAGAAACGGGAUCUUGUUCCACAUUCUGACUGGUUAAUAACAGGGUUCAGAAAUGCGGUGGCUGACUCUGGCCUCCAAGAUUUUCCUUUUACGGGACCCCAGUUCACAUGGGAGAGGUUUAGGGGUACUGCAGAUAUGGUUGAGGAAAAAUUGGAUCGAAUUCUUACAUCUGAUUCUUGGACUUCUCUCUUUGACGGAGCCACUGCGUGUUCUUUUAUUACUCCAUACAGUGACCAUAUACCUCUGUUACUUAUCCCAGUAAUGGUCACGCAAGAAUGUAGAAGGUGCCGUUUCUGUUUUGAUAAUGUUUGGCUAAGAGAGGAUAAAUGCCGAGAGAUUAUUGCUCAAAGUUGGGAUCGUACAGUAGGGAUGGAUGUGCUACGACGUAUAGAAGCAUGCAGCUACGACGUAUAG